UAAACAUUGGACGCGCGUUCCGUGAUUUAUGGCGAUCAUUUUAUAACACGGGCGGAUAAACUGUGGCUGGAUUGGUGUGUUUAUUCUUUCCUAUUUUGCGCUGAUGAGGAUGACGCGUUCCGGAUUGUACAGUGACCGACACUUGAAAGACACAUCUUAUUAUUUGAGCAAACAAUAUGUAUGUUUUGUAAAUGAGGACGCUGAUUAAAAUCAAAAGUGUCACAGUUAUUAUUAUUUAAAUGAUUAAUUCACUUGACGGCGGCGAAAAAUUGAUUGGGCAUAAACAUACGGAUUUUGCAAAACAUGUGCAGCUCUGGUUCCAGCCGUCAAACAGAGUAAAUGCGUAACGAUGUUGGUGAAUCAGCAGCAGCAGGAUGAUACCCUCGAGCAGGUGAGAUACUUCUUCUACCAUUUGUAUGUCCCUCUACCGACGGAACCACCGCCACUCGAUGCCACGACGACGGCGCUGCUGCUGUCAGAGAAUAUGCUAUCAGCACAGGAACAGACACAACUGCUGCUGUACGACAUCUUCAUCCCGCUGCUCGGCUCGUUGAUAAUCGUGCUGAAUCUGGCAGUUGUUACCUCUAGUUGGCUGCUGCUGCGAAAAGGUCAGCAGCCAUACACAACGUACUUGUUCCUGGGGAACGUUGCCGCAUCGGAUCUACUGACGGGUUUCGCAGUUAUUUACGGACAGUACGCGCCCAAGGAGCUCCGCGGAGAGGACAACUGUACCAUGCUGAUUGGAUUGAUUGUUUCCACUACGGUCGUGUCAGUGUACAGCAUCGGACUGAUCGCAGUGGACCGGUAUCUCUACAUAAUGUACGGAUUGCAGCACCAGCGCUACAUCACCCCCGCCCGGGCUCGGCUUUCAAUUUUCACAACCUGGCUCAUCGGACUCACUAUCGGCUUCUUGCCGGCAUUUGGAUGGCGCGGCGAUACCGACGGGGGACGCAUCUGCUGGUUUGUCCGCUUGGCGCCACCAGCUCUCAUUAUACUGACCACCACCGUGGGAUUAUUUCCACUGAUUGUGGUCAUUGUGCUGUAUGGUAUUAUACUGCACAAAGCCCUCCGGAGGGUUGUCCAGCUUAAGAAGGCCGGCCGAGAGCAACAGGGCGCAUUAGCGGGCAAUUUACGAUUGUUUCGUGGUGGAGCGACAGCUGCUUCCAGCCCGAAUCUGGAUUCCGAACGACCGCUAACAGAGGGAGAACAGAAAUCCCCGGAAUGUUUCGGUUGGUGUUGUAAAAAAUCCUCCUCGAAACCGACGGAUACUCGAACCGGGAAGCACCCGACCAAGUGGAAGGCCAUAAAGGUGGUUUUGUUCACAACGGGAUGUUUCGCCGUGACGUGGCUGCCGUAUUACAUUGCGAGUGUGCUGUUCGUUUUGUGCAACCAAGAAACAAACGCGGAACUGUGUCGUAGCUUGCAGUUCGCCAUCGCUAGCCCCUUGGCGAUACUGGGCUUCACCAACAGUCUCCUAAACCCCCUCAUCUACGCCUGGUGGCACAACGGCUUCCGAGCUUCGGUGAAGAAGCUGUGGAGAAAAAUGUGCCUUCGUCACUGCUGUUGCUGCCAGCGAAACAACAAUAAAUCAUCCACACGUGAGCCACCGGCACCCACAAGCACCAGCACCGGAGAGAGCACUGGCAGUGGCGAAGGCCAGCAGUCUUCGAACACAGAUGCCACCACACUUCCUUCUAGCAACAAUCGAUCGGUGGCCAACAUGUACAACAAUCGAAGUAGCAGCAGCAGCAACAGCGCUGACCUGGAAAAUCGAAUAACUCACACCGACAUUGAUCGUCCCGACCAGACAAGGCUCUAGGAACUAUGGACUGCAAUAACAACAACACCCGUCGCGCACCCCCGCAUCAAUUGCGCCAAUCUCUCACUAUCGAUGCCCAAGGAGAAGGAGGAACCCAAGGAUUGGCUUAGACGCGGCAACCCCACCGCCUCUUGUGAGGCGCAGAGGAAAAUGGAAACAAACGUAUCCGCUUUCCAAUGAGUUGACCCACGCGAUGGAGUGGGUGGAUGUGUUUGGCUUUGCCAUAUGUUUCGAGUGUUCGCUUGCAGAAGCCCGGACAGAAGGUCGGAAAGGUGGGAUGGCUCUAUGUAAUUCUGCGAACGAAUAUUCGAUUAAUGAUGCAAUCGAAAUUGUGCGUCUCCGUAGCUUUAUAGUUGUGUCGGUCGGCAAGAUCCCAAAUAUCUCGAAAUUCACGUUUGACUCUCGAUAAUAGAUACAGUCUUAGAGGUUGUAGUUUUACAAGAGCAAAAGUCAACUUAAGACG